GUGUCCCCCGUAUCGGGGAGGGGGGAUCAAAUCCUUCCCUCCCCCUCAGCUGAUUGCAGCUAUUUAGGGCUGCUGCAGUUUUAGUUUAGCUCCAGAUCGGAAGCAUCGCAAAAAAGGUCGACGGCCAUGCCGCACGAUUGCUAGGAGUUGCCAGCCACCCGCUUCCGGGGCAAUGGGCAACACCAGCAUCACCGAGGGCAAGACCGCCCUGGCUGUGGGAAGCACAUCCAUUGCCAGGGGGAAGACCACCGUCGCCAUGGGGAACUCCUCAAUCUUCCGCGGAGUGACCACCACCUCCAUGGGUGACUCCACAAUCCAGAGACAGAAGACCACCGUGGCUCUAGGACGGGCCAGCUUCAGCCGAGGGACCACCACCACCUCCUUCCGCAAAGCGCUCAUGCCCAAACGCAGGAACACCUAGAUGGAGCAGACCCUGGGAGCCAGCUCCACGAAGAAGAAGUCCAAAGUAGACUCUGAAACUGAGUGGAAGACCACCUUUUCAUCCAGUAGGACUUCCUUCAGCAAAGGCAAAGUUUCCCUACUGAGCACUAAGUACGCCAUCUCCUGGGGUCAAUCCUCCGUCUCCUGGAGCAGAAGCACACUAACACUGGGCAAGAGCGGAGUGGCUGUGGGCAAGACCUCGGUCACACGAGGUGAGACCACCAGCUCCAUCACCACGCUGACCUUCACCCACGGGACCAAGUGUGCAUCUGUGGUCAGGACCACACUAAGCAGGGGCGACAAGACCCACAGCCACGUCUACUGGAAUUACCGGCCGUGAAUCCAGCACGUAACAAAGAAAAAUGUGGAUUUGUCUGUCUGAAUCCAGUAUGUACUCACCAAAAAACAAAGAAAAAAUACGGAUAUGUCCGUCUGGUCUGUUGCCUCAGGUCAGUCAGGGUCGGUUUGAGGGUGAGGCAAGAUAUGAUGGUGUAUCAGCAAGUUGCAAGAAUUGGUUUUAUUCAAUGAGAUGUUCAACGGUGGGAGGGAGGGAUGUGUGAAAAGACGAGUGCACGUUAAUCAACAACCCUUUAAUGUACAGUUAUGUGUCUAUUGUUGAUUUUAGGUUUUGAAGCACCACAGUCCUUAUAACGUGUCUUAAUUCUGCUUGUCUUGGUUUUGUGACACCUACAAAUAUGUAAUGACUUGCAAAUGGAUAAUAAAAUCCAUUUCAAUGAACUGCACGGAAACACA